AUGGGUGUUUCCAAAAGAUUUUUUACAUGUGGUACAACUUGUGGUAGUGUACACCCACAUGUAGAUUUAAAAGCUAAGGAAGUGAAUAGCAAACCACUUGAGGAUGUUGAAACAGAACUAGUGCCAAAAGAAGUAAACAGCAACAAAUCCACAGAGGAUCUUGAAAUAAAUCUAGCGCCAAGGGAAGUGAGCAGCAAACACUCAGAGGAUCUUCAAGCAAAACUUGGCCCAAAGGAAGUGAGUAGCAAGUCCCCAGAGGAUCUUGAAGCAAAACUUGGGCCAAAGGAAGUGAACUGCAAAUCCCCAGAGGAUGUUGAAACAAAACCAGGGCCAAAGGAAGUAGGCAGCAAACCCCUAGAGGGUCUUGGAACAAAAGUAGGGCCAGACAAAACGAGCAGCAAACUCUCAGAGGAUCUUGAAGCAAAAUUUGGGCCAAAUGAAGUGAGUAGCAAACCUGCAGAAGAUCUUGAAGCAAAACUAGGGCCAAAAGAAGUGAAUAGCGAACCCCCUAUGGAUCUUGAUGCUAAACUAGGGCCAACGGAAGUUAGCAGCAAGCCCCGACAGGAUGUUGAAGCAAAAAUAGGGCCAAAUGAAGUGAUCAGCAAACACUCGAAGGAUUUUGAAGCAAAACCAGGGCCAAUGGAAGUCAGCAGCAAAGACUCUAAGGAUCUUGAAACAGAACUGACGACAACGGAAGUGAGCAGCAAACCGAACGAUAGUAAAGAGAGGAGGGAAACCUUGAUUUCGAAAAAUGUAUUGGAGGAAGCUGAAACAUAAACUCAAACCUGUCAAGUAUCCAGUUUUAUCAGACCUGAUUCACAAAUUAAAGAGUUCUUGCCUUACCAGAAAUUGACAGCAUCUGUAACUGUUCUCCACUGCCAAUCAGGCAGUGUGAUUUUUAUAUACUCUUAGAUCAGCUUAUUUUGUGCCCUGUUCUUUAUUCCUUGUU